AUGUCAAAUACCAACAAGGCUGCAAAAAACCCAAAGUCAAAUAAACAACGCUGUUUACCUGGUGGGGGAUUCCUUUCAGAGUCCCCAAACUGUCAAGGAUAUGGUGGUCCCAAGUGUGAUGUCGAGGCGCGUGUGUUCAAGCAUAAUCAUCACCCGAAAGACAAAACAGAGGUAGCAUUAGAGAGGCAUCACGCAAGCUUUCAACACCCCUUCUUCACAACCUUACGAGAAUUUGUCAUGUGUGAAAUCUUUCCAUUAAAGCUGAUACCAGACAGUAAUCCUGCCCCCUACCGAGGCCAAGGCUUCCAUCUCCUUUGGUCCCUUUCUCGACAGACAGUCGUCGGCUUAACGAUGUACAGCACGGUGAUGAUUGGGAAGUAGACGGGUUCAAUU